CAAAACUGAUCACCAAUUACUCACAAGAAUAUGUUUAAUUCAAUAAAUAACGUCUAACAGAGAGGUUUAACAUGCCUGUGACAUUUGAGCAGCCUGACUCCCCUGUCUAUUUUUGUCUCAGCUGCUGGGUGUAGUUUGAACUGCUUACAGAGUUGGCUUGUCGGACACCACUGUUGCCCUGACAGGGUUGUUUAGAACAAACUGAUUUCCUGUAUCGUUCAGUCACUUUCCUCAUGGAUCUGUAUGAUAUCAGUGGAGGAAGACUGGAUGUGAUAGCAGAGGAAGUUGAGCACCAGGAGCUGAGCAGAGAGUCGACCACCACCAUGGAGUCCUCUAGAGACAGAGGAGGGAGGGCCACCCAAGAUGUGUCAACCUUCCAGCGGUUCUCUGUCAACACUAACGAGUCCCUUCGUUUUGAGCCCUGUGACACCAGCACCCCGUCUCCCACUGGGGCAGAAGAUGGACUCGAUGAUGAGGAUGAUGAUGAUGUUUUCAAGGAGGGAGACACUGAGAACGAGAUCAACACCAUCAGGAAUCGCUUGCAAGGGAAGGUUGCAGAGAUGGAGAACUUUGCAGGUCAUCUGGAGGAAAUCUUUCUCACUGUGGAGGAGAAUUUUGGCCGUCAGGAGCAGCACUUGGAGCAGCAUUAUAACGACGUGCUACAGACGCUGUCUCAGCGGUACGAUGACAGGGCAGCUGGACUGGAGGAGGAGAAAAAGAGUAAGCUGGAAGCUUUGUACAAUCAGCUGCUGGCUUGCGGUGAGGCGCUGGAUGCCUCCAAGGAGCACAUUGAGGCCGCCCAGGAGAUCUACCGCAGCCAGGACAAGAGGCUUUUCUUGAAGGCAGUUGUUCCCGCCAUUAAAAGAAUCGAGGAGUUUGGCAAAGAGGAAAUGGACCUCAGUCUGUCUACAUCUCUUGAGUUUAACCCACCACUUGCCUCCGACCUGUCAGAUGUUCAAACAAUGAUGGACUCCAUCAACGUUGUUCCAGCUCCAUCUGCUCCAGUUAUCAACCCACAGAUGCCCAACUCUGCCUCACUGACGUCCCUGCGUGUGUGCUGGAGCCUGUUCUCUGACGACACGGUGGAGUACUACGAGCUGUACUACAGGCCUGUGCUGGAGGACAUGCCAGCAGACAGCACCUGUGCACCACAUGUAAGCAAGAUAAAAGUAAAGGAGACCCACUGCACUGUGACAGAUCUGCUGCCCAACGCUCAGUACGAGCUCUGGGUGACAGCUACCAACACUACAGGCAUCAGCCCAGCAAGUGAGAAGGCCUUAUACAUGACAGUGCCGUCGCCUCCAGUGAUCAAGCAGAGGGAGUGUACAAGCUGUCCAGAGGCUGCUCUGAUCCGCUGGGAGUCAGGAAACACCAACCCUGUUGACUCUUACACUGUGGAGCUCAGUGACAUGGGUACUGAUGGCGGUAUUACUGAGUCUAUAGUAGCUGUGCCCACCUGCCAGUGUCUGAUCCAGCUGCAGACAGGACGGCGUUACCUCAUCUCUGUGAGAGCCGUUAACAUCGGCGGGCCCAGUGAAAGGAGUCAAGUUAUAACUGUUUCCACAACAGGUACGUUCUUCUAUCUUCUGGAGGAUACUGCCCACCCUUGCCUGUCCAUCUCUGAGGACGGUUUCACCGUGUUUUAUGGAGAUGAGGAGCUGCCAAUAAGUGCAAUGGCCUCAGAUGAUAACACCUUCACCAGUUGUGUAGCUGUCCUGGGGGAUCUGAUUCCAGUGCGAGGUCGGCAUUACUGGGAAGCGGAGGUGGAUGACGGGACAGAGUUUAGGAUUGGAGUAGCAUAUGAGGACACAGAGAAGGACUCCUACCUCGGAGCCACCAGUACAUCCUGGUGUAUGAGGCACAUUCUCACUCCAUCCAGGCAUAAGUACGAGUUUCUGCACCGUGGUUGGAGCCCUGACCUGAGGCUCACCGUGAAUCCAGUGAGAAUAGGAGUAGCACUGGACUACGAAAGGGGGACUCUGUCCUUUUUUAAUGUGGAUCUGGAGCAACAUCUACACACCUUCCACUGUCACUUCCGAAAUUACGUCCACCCUUGCUUUAGUCUGGACAACACAGGAGAGCUCACUGUACACAAUGGUAUAGAGGCUCCUGAAUAUGCAUUUAUCUGACAUUAUAUUUAUUC